UGCCAUUUGAGGGCGGCGCCGGUGCCGGCGUGGCCAUGCUGGCUACGGGCACGUGAGUGGCGGUGGCGUUGUGGCCCGCGCUGUCGGGGAAGAUCUGGCCAUCCUGAGGCGGAGGGGCAGCGGGAGGAAGGCGCCCGACUUGCGCGGGAGGGGGCGCCGAUGGCGUUGGGGCGCCCGGAGGAGCUGUGGGAGGCCGUGGUGGGGGCCGCCGAGCGCUUCCGGGCCCGCACCGGCACUGAGCUGGUGCUGCUGACUGCUGCCCCGCCACCACCCCCGCGCCCGGGGCCCUGCGCCUACGCUGCCCACGGCCGGGGCGCGCUGGCCGAAGCUGCCCGCCGCUGCCUGCACGACAUUGCCCUGGCCCAUAGGGCCGCCGCCGCUGCCGCCCGCUCCCCCGCAUCCCCACCGGCCCCGCAGCAGCGACCGCCCAGCCCUCCCCAGCCCACCCCUGCCCAGCAGGACAAUGAAGAUGAAGAUGAACGGACAGAAACCGAGAGCUCCAGGGAGCGGCUAGGUGUCAGCGACAGUGGAGGGCUCUUCGUGAUGGACGAGGACGCCACCCUGCAGGACCUGCCCCCGUUCUGUGAGUCGGACCCCGAGAGCACAGACGAUGGCAGCCUGAGCGAAGAGACCCCCGCUGGGCCCCCAGCCUCCUCAGUGCCCCCUGCCGCAGCCCUGCCCACCCAGCAGUACGCCAAGUCCCUGCCUGUGUCCGUGCCCGUGUGGGCCUUCAAAGAGAAGAGGACGGAGGCGCGGUCCUCGGACGAGGAGAACGGGCCGCCGUCCUCCCCGGACCUGGACCGCAUCGCGGCCAGCAUGCGCGCGCUCGUGCUGCGCGAGGCCGAGGACAGCCGGCUCUUCGGGGACCUGCCGCGGCCGCGCCUCAACACCAGCGACUUCCAGAAGCUCAAGCGGAAAUACUGACUCCGGGGCAGCGCCACGCCUCCCGAGGCUGGCCAAUCCCAGCCCCCGCCGGGCCCGCCCCUCCCGGCGAUUGGAUGGGUGGGCCCCGGUUCCCUGCCAGGAUUGGUCGGAGCCACGUCGGGGCGUGGCCUGCCCGCCUUGACACUACCGAAGCCCGGGCCGCUCCAGGCUCGCGGCCUCCGCCCCGCAGGUGCCUUACUGGGCCCCGUCCGCCCCGGUGGGGGACACGCCCCGCUCUCCGGCCGGCUGUGGGCGAGAGACUCGGACAUUAAAGAGUGGAAUCCGG